GUAGCUGGCAAAGCGCGAGCUGCCCAUGUACCAGUAAACACUACAGCGGGGUCCUGGCAGAGGAGAAGGGUGCACAGCGCUGCUCCCACCCCAGGAGGACAUUACAGGAGCCCAGGGCACCCGGCUCUACCAGGGAGAACAGGGGAAGCCAGCCACAGGCAACAGAUUUACAACAUGCCGAGCUGAAGUAUGUGAUUCAGUAGGCGUCCCAACUGUCAAGUAUGUAGAAUUGUACUGCAGUGAAAAGAUUCUCAGUUAUUGAGCACAUCUGUAUCCUACGCCUGUCCUGAGGACUUCCCUGUUCUAAUUCAUGAGCCAGCAGGAUGUGGUCGCUGCGCUAUCAGAACGCCUCCUCGUAGCUGCAUACAAAGGCCAAGUGGAUAAUGUUGUGCAGCUUAUCAACAAGGGUGCCAAGGUAGCAGUUACCAAGCAUGGGCGCACCCCCUUACACCUUGCGGCCAAUAAAGGACAUCUUAACGUUGUACAGAUCCUGCUAAAAGCUGGGUGUGACUUGAACGUUCAGGAUGAUGGCCAGCAGACAGCCUUGCACAGGGCAGCCGUGGUGGGACACAGUGACAUUCUUGCAAUAUUGAUACAAGAAGGUUGUGCCUUGGACAGACAGGAUAAGGAUGGUAAUACUGCCCUGCAUGAAGCAGCCUGGCAUGGAUUCAGUCAAUCUGUCAAGCUACUUGUUAAAGCUGGAGCUAAUGUUCUUGCCAAAAGCAAGGCAGGUAACACACCUCUCCAUCUGGCCUGCCAAAAUGGUCAUUCCCAGAGCUGUCGUUUCUUAUUGCUUGCAGGAUCCCGGGCUGACUUAAAAAACCAUGCUGGAGACACCUGUUUACAUGUCGCCGCACGUUACAAUCACCUGUCUGUCAUCAGGAUACUACUCAGCGCAUUUUGUUCUGUUAACGAAAAAAACCAGGCAGGUGAUACCCCACUCCAUGUUGCUGCUGCUCUCAAUCAUAGAAAGGUUAUUAAAGUGCUCCUAGAAGCUGGAGCUGACGCUUCCCUUCUUAAUAAUGCAGGCCAAAUUGCUUUGGACACGGCACGUCACCACAAUAAUUCAGAUGUGGCUCUUUUGCUCACUAAAGCCCCACAGGUUUUACGGUUUAGCCGUGGCAGAAGCUUAAGGAAAAAGAGAGAGAAGCUGAAAGAGGAGAGACGAGCUCAAUCAGUUCCUAGGGAAGAUAUUGCAGACAGUAAGGCCAGUAUAUCAGCAGCUGAUGACACCCACAGUAGUGAGCAAGCUGCUACUAAACAGGGAGAUGGUAAAGAUGAACAGCGAGCUUCUACUGCAGGAAAUAAACAAAGGAAAGGAAAAAGACCAAAACCUAAAGAAAAGAUCUCAGCUCUGUCAGAUCCAACAUCACCUGCAGAUCAACAGCCCUUUUCUGGUGGCCACCAAACCAGCCAAAGAAGAAAGAGCAAACACAGAGUUCCGUCACCACCAUUCCCUCCUCAUGAGGCCAGGGCUUACCAGCUUUACACUCUAUACAGGGGAAAAGAUGGCAAGGUUAUGCAGGCUCCCAUAAACGGAUGUCGUUGUGAGCCACUCCUAAAUAAACUUGAGAAUCAGUUAGAGGCCACAAAAGAAGAAAUAAAGGCAGAGAUUGUGACUGUACAAGACCAGAUGAAUGUAAAACUUGGACAGAUGGACACUAAAACCCAGCACCAGUUGCGGGUCCUGGACAAGCUAACGAUAGAGCGGAUGUCUGCAGAGAGAGCAGAAUGUGUGUGUCGCCUUCAGCAGCAAGAAGAUGUGCAGAAGAAGGAAGCCGAAAAACGUCAGGUAUCUGUUGUGAAUGAACUGAAAACUUGGUGUUUGCUAAAAAUCCAAAACCUUGAGUUGAAAAUUUCGGGAGAUUCGAGGCCACCCAAGACAAAGCCAUCCCCUUCAGCAUGCGAGUCGACAGAUCACCCCAUUUCAGAAAGUCCAAACAGCAGCAAGGAAUGCAACAGUGCGGACACAUCUAUCCUUCCACAGUCCUCCAUCCAACACUCAUAUGCCACCACACAGAGCAGUUUAUCUGAUGAACCUGCCAGAGAGCAGUCACUUCCCUCAGAGGACCACAGCAGAAGGCACCAGAUUGCUUCCACUGAAGAAUUCAUGGUGUGUGCAUCCAUAGAGCAGCCAUCCAUACCUGUUGUGCCACCUGCUGUAAGACCAAAAGAAAAAACAAGCUGUGCAUCUUCCAUCAGGCAUCAGCCAGGCCUGUCCACCUCCAGCCUUCCCAACCCUAAAAUGAGAUGUGCUAAAAUCCAUCCCACCACCAAAAACUUAUCAGAUGUCAAGAAAGAGGACAUACCGAUUAUAAAUCUCAUGGACAGAGGGACACAGACAAGAAAAUGUGCGAAAGCUGGUCAGCCUAGACAGAGAGCACUCAUGCCUGAACAUCAAAAUCAAGGUUGUAGUACAGCUAGCGAGCAGACCAGUCCACUGGUUAGAGACACUCAAGCACUGGAAAUCACUCAAUACUUCUUUGAGGCAGUAUCUACUCAGAUGGAAAGAUGGUAUGAGAGAAAGAUAGAAGAAGCCAAGUCCCAAGCAAACCAGAGGGCAAAUGAAGAUAAAAUAGCCUUACAACAACAUAUACAGAGCUUAGAGGAGGAGCUAAUGAAGUUAAGGACUAAAUUACAGAAGGAAAGCUAGCUAUGAAGCAUGUGUAUAAAGGAACAGUUUGAUGGACCAUGUUCAUCACCAAACACAGUGUUUUUCGUAAAUAUUCUAAGCCCUUGUGCAUGAUCUUACAUGGCCACUGAUGGUAAUGUUCAUUUCCACAUUAAAAACAAAAUAUGCACAGCAUGCAACAAUACUGAAUGUUGAUUUAUGAAUUGCAUGGGCUAACCAUCUCUUACAUAUUCUCACUUUUAUCAACAGAUCUGGUAACAUCCAGUGCAGCUGUCAUGUGCCAUAGGAUCACUAUUUACUCUGCUGUACGUUGAUGCUCUAAUGUAGUAGACAAGUGCAUGUACCACGCUGCAGUUACCAUCUCAUCUAAUUCUGACAGUGAGCAUACUGUGUGACACGUGUGCUUUGCAUUGUAGAAUGCUAGGAGCCAAAAUUGUAGUUGUAUUAGAAGUGUCAUUAUAGUUGCAGAUUGCUUUCUCCCUGAGUAAUAAUAGAAGUUGCAUUGUAGUCACAGUUUUCACAAAACUUGUGUAUGAAUUUUGGUCACCUUGUAGCCCCAUCCUGUGACCAUCAUUUGCAAGCCCAGAAUCUGCCUACAUAGAUAAGUCCCUGCAGAGACCCACAUUCAUCAUGAAACCUAGCUUUUGCUACAGCUAGAUGCAGAUUCUACAAAAGUUCAGAGAUUAGAAGGUCAAUUGAUACCUUGCAAAGCACCCGUGUACCAUCAGCAUUAGGAACUGCAGCAUUACAUUCCUGGAGUACACUGGAACGCUGAUUAUCAGCAUGAAUAGUAAAGUCAAUACAACAUCUAAAAACUGUAUCUGUUCUUUAUCUGAUACCCAAUUUACUGCCAAAUUUAGAAGCCUCAAUAUUUACUGUAUGCUGGCACCUAUUCCUGGCCAGCAUGUCUGACAAUUGUCAUGACAUUGUCUUGUGUUUUAGUUUUUUUUUUAAUAGUCACUGUAUGCUAUAAAGCUGUGCUGUUGCACACCAGCAGCAUUAUGGGGGCCUAGAAAAGACCAGGACAAGGGCUAAGCAUACACAUAUACUAAGGUUUUAUUCACACAAGCGUGUUAUCGUUCCAUGUAAAUGAUGUAUGUUUAGCCCUAAAAACAAGUUUCCUAUGAUAGGACCAUAUCAUCUCUUUUAAUAAAUGGCCCCAUAUAAUGGCUGUGUCAAUUAAGCCUUGAAGGAUAUCAUACAUCCCUCUGACUAGAACUUCUUAUAAGAGAGAGAGAGAGAGAAUACAUUUUAUUUCUCUGCUUAGGCUGCACUCUGAUUUUGGUGUUUAAAAAAAAAAAGUUGUAAAAUGCUGAUGGAAUUCAUAAUUGUGAAUGGCGCUUUAAUUACUCAAUGUGACAUAUUUGGAUAUCUUUUUCCCAUAGGGGCAUUGCUUGGACUAUAAGACUCCUUAUGCAUACUAGGCACCCUCCAUAAGGAGAAAUAGUACACCUCGGAUCAUGGCAAAGGCCUCUUACCCAGUUAAGCCCGUUCCUUUCUUCUCUGCACUGAUGAGGGGCAAUCACCCCAAAACAGCUGUUUGCUAGUCAUGUACUAGAUUAGCU